GCUCCGGAUCUAACAGCUGACAUGUAAAAAGCAUUUUUUGAGCGAGGAUCACUCAGUGACUUUCUUUGUCUUUAUGAGGAAAUAACCUUUACGCUUUAUUCUCAGUUUAUUUAUUAUUUAUUAUUAUUUCUCUGUCUUCUGUGGUUUCUGGAGUUAUCGAAUAUCAAGGGAACACAGCUAAAUACUAAAUCGUGAUAUGAAGAAGGACAAACAAUACAUGGAAUAAUGGACCAUCAGUUCUAACACCAUCACAUGUGAUCAUGGAUUUUUUUAAGAAAAAUAUUUUUUGUGACUGGUGAUUUAGUGGAUACCAAAUCAUUUCAAAAGUCAUUUGAGGAGAACUUCCUAUAUCUAAAAAAAACUGUUUGUUUUUUUUCAUGAUCAUUUUUGAAAGCUUUUCCCAAUAUGGAUACUUUAUAAUGAGUGGCAGUGUCUCUCAAGAGAUGUAAUCUUUGUUAUUACUUAUUUUAAUAACAACACAACAAUCUGGAGUCUCUUCAAUAGUUUAAAAGUUACAAAAUGAGACUUGGUUAUUGAACCAAAGGAAUUUAAGUCUUCUACUAAGGCUGACUCUGGCUGUUGCCUCGAGUUGCAGCUAUGGACAUUAAGGCGAGGCAUCAUCCCUUAUUCCCAGCAACCUCACCAUGCUGAGCAAUGCCUUCGAUGUGGUGUACAUGAUUCUGGAGCUGCUGAUUGCCCUGUUCUCUGUCCUGGGCAAUGUGCUGGUCUGCUGGGCAGUGGGCCUCAACAGCAACCUCCGGACCAUCACCAACUUCUUUGUUGUUUCACUGGCUGUGGCAGAUAUUGCAGUGGGUGUACUGGCCAUCCCUUUCUCCAUCGUGAUCAGCACUGGUUUCUGCGCCAAUUUCUACGGUUGUCUCUUCAUCGCCUGCUUUGUGUUAGUGCUGACUCAAAGCUCCAUAUUUAGCCUUUUAGCCAUUGCCAUUGACCGCUACAUUGCCAUAAAGAUCCCACUGAGAUAUAACAGCCUAGUUACAGGGCAGCGUGCAAAAGGCGUCAUUGCAUUCUGCUGGGUUCUAUCGGUGAUCAUUGGUCUCACGCCCAUGCUAGGCUGGCACAAUGCCCGCUCUGGGGAGCCCCUAAAUAGCACCUGCCCACCUGGCAUGAUGAAGUGUUUGUUCGAGGAGGUUGUCGUCAUGGACUACAUGGUUUACUUCAACUUCUUUGCCUGUGUUCUAUUGCCUUUGCUUAUCAUGCUGGCCAUAUACUUGCGAAUCUUCAUGGCUACACGCCACCAACUCAAAUGCAUAGAAUCCAAGGCCAUGCCGUGUGAGCUAAAGUCCCGCUCUAUCCUGCAGAAAGAGGUCCAGGCAGCAAAGUCGCUGGCCAUCAUCGUCGGAUUGUUUGCGGUGUGCUGGCUGCCGUUGCACAUCAUCAACUGUUUCACUCUGUUUUGUCCGGAGUGUCAACGACCGCCAGUUAUCAUCAUGUAUCUGGCUAUAAUCCUCUCCCAUGCCAACUCGGUCGUGAACCCUUUAAUCUACGCCUACCGUAUUCGCGAAUUCAGAUAUACAUUUCGAAAAAUCGUGCGCUAUCAUAUCUUGGGUAGACGGGAGCUGCUAUCUAGCAAUGGGAGCACCCAUACUUCUGCUCGAGCAAGCAUGGCAGACUCACUUAGAAUUAAAGUCAACGGCCUAAUUCGUGACCCCUACACUGAACAGAGUAGCACCACCAGCAGCUGUGAAAGUGCAGAGCCUGGGCACACACAUAGGAAUAUUGCUACAGAAAACUCAAUAUUAGACAACAAGCCUGUAGAACUCACUAGUUCUCACAGGCAUCGAUCAGACUCCACUCUAAGGCUUCCAGAGUCACCGCUCACAUGGAAUGAUCAAGUAAAUACCUGCAGGGAGCAUGCUGUGUUUGAAAUUAAGAAUGGAAAGGAUCUGUCCUCGCCUCUUCACAUUAAAUCAUUCCUGUGCCAGCAAACAGAUCACUGCUCUGAGCUCACAGAGGUUUCUUGAUAGCUGGUACUCUCUGAAUGAUGGAUUCUGCUCGGUCUUAUUUAUUAUUUGCUUCUUUAGGACUUGCCAUACACUGUAACACAGUGUACAGAGCUUGUUAAUGCUACCAAAAGUGAUGAAAGUACUCCCGAUAUUGGGUCAGAAUUUCCUCAUAGUGUAUUACGCGUUUAAUCAAAUGUUGAUUUGAUUUAAUAGGUAACAGUUUGUGUAGAUUGAGAAUUUAUUUAAAUUAAUUGAUUUGACAUAAAUUACACAAAAAUGCCCCUAAAAUCCAUCAAGGGCAAGAAUGGCCCCUUAAUAAAGAUGUUCAUUUCUGACACUGAUUAAUUUCUACUCUCUAUCUCCAAAAUUCUGUUUUAUUUGGUCUUGUUUAUUUUGGUCAGUCUAGUGGUGGUUGAUUCAGAAAGAAAUCUAGCCCAACUUUACAUCCAGUGUACAUGAACAAACUAUUGCAUUUACUGGAACAUCAGUAAUAAAACAUAAACAUGAGCACAAAAUUGUGUGUACCAAUAUUGUUAUGAAAUAAUAUGCAUAUGAACCAAUGCCCAUAGAGCACUGCUAGGUGGCUAAUAGGAAUUGGGAGAGUAUUAAACCACCACUGUACCAAUACAUAUGAUCACAGGACAGUUAAAACAGUUUUCAUUGGUGUUAUCAACAGCUUGUGUGAGUUAGCUGGUGGAAACCAGUACUGGUGGUACAAGUAAUCUGGUUUAAUCUGUUUAGUGUUCAGUAUGGUGCAAAACUGUAUUCCAUAGGGUUGGCAGAAGCAUUGCAACCCUUCGCAGUACAUGUGGUAUGGCUAGAAGUGUUAUGAAAACUCUUUGAUGAGUUUUAAGCAGUGUUGCUCUUUUUCUCUGUUGUUUUCAAUGGAAGUUUCAAAUAUUAUCUCAUGUGAAUGUCCUUAUGUUGCACAAGUCAGAUAUUGUUCUACCCUGACAAUGCUGAUGAAUCAUGAGUUUUCUUUUUAAAUCUACUGCUUGUAUUUUGUGCUAAUUCUGUCUUUACAAGAGAUCAGGUCAUCCAGUACUGGAGCACAGAAACAGCAAUGUGAACACAUUUUCCUCUAACACAUGAAUAAAUGACAAUUAAUCAGCUGCUCAAAUAACAUGAGUGAACACACACAUCUCUGAUUAUGAUAAGUAUUUGGAGAUAACAGAGUUUGUGGUCUAAAUGUUAGAAAAGAUUCUGUAACAUCCGAUUAUGGCCUAGUCAGUUAUUUUAAGUAUAGUCAUGUGGGAGUAUCUACUGGGUCUCAGGAGCAAACAGACAGGUAGAGAUCGGGGCUAGUAGUCACAUGGGGAGGUUGUCAGAAAUGCGAUUCCUCAGUAACACUGUUGGAGGGAAUCUGAUUACAAAUGAAUUACUGUAAUCUAAUUACUUUUAGUCAAAGUGAUUACAAUUAGAAUUUCAAUGAAUAAUAGUAUUUAUGUACAAUAUAUUGCUUCUGUUUGUGUUUCUGUGACAGCAGAAAAGUCACUUACAUAUUAAUGUAAACGUGUAGGGCUGAGUAUAUGACUUGCAUGUGACAAUGAAGAAGGAGAACAUAUGGACAUUUUGAAAUCGUUGAGUGGAAAAACAAAACAUGUUCAUUGAAAAGUAAUCUGAUUACAAUUUUAGAGAAGCAAUUAGUAAUUUGUAGUGGAUUACUUCUUUUGAGUAAUUUACACAACACUGGAUAGUAACAAUAGUCCAAAUACAAAUAGAUGUUUUCUCUAGCAGUGGUUUUGUAUGUUCGUUUUCGUCACUGAGAAGUAGACUGAGAAAAAUAUGCUAAAUAUAUCAUAAAAUAUAAAACAUGUGACAACUAAACUCAGCCUCCCCUAUUCGUGCUUGGACAGAACUUAUGUAAAUGAUAACUCUUCACUACAGCAAAAGGAAAUGAAACGUCAGUGUUUUAAAUGAGAUUACAUUUCUGGGAGAGAAAAAUACAUAAAGCAUUCAUCUUUAAACUGAACACAACAUUUAGUGUAAAAAUUGCUAAACCUGUACUGCACUGCUUAGAAGAAAAACAUGGCCAGCAUUUGACGGAUUCAUAUUGUAACAAGUGAGAUAUAGCUUAAAGAAUGACUACUGUAAAAAGAAUGGCUGCAAAAUGAUUACGACUUUUCUUCCAAAGAUGGAGACUUGCAGACAUGAAGUGUCCUUCCCGAGAGAGAAUGUUCCUCUUGGGCUCUAUCACAUGCUGAAGGCACUUAUGAAUCCUAACAUUGUAUUUUUCCCAGCCUUUUUCCUAAAUCCCAAAUGAUUCCAGGUUAAAAAGGGUGCACUAGUGUUUCUCAAGAGAUCUUUUGAGAUUUUUUUAGCAUUUUAGAUGAGCAUUCUUCUGAACUGAGCUCAGCAUAUAGAGAUAGUAUAUACUGUACAGUAUAUGUAGAUACCAGUGUGACAAACUAAAAGCAGACUAAAAUAUUUGUAUAGAUUUAAAGGUGGUUUUAAACACAUUUGAUCAGUUAAUAUUAUUCAGGCUUGGUAUUACAUUUUUAAAGGUGAAAUUAAACAUUGUUUCAUAUUAUGCCAUGUCUUUAAAUAAUUUUGUCUUUGAUUUUAUUUGGAUUUUAAAUUAAAAUAUAUUUUGCACUGUUCGUUACAACCUUGAAGGGACAGUUCACCCACAAUUGAAAAUGCUGUCAACAUUUACUCACACUUGUGUUGUUCCAAACCAAUAUGACUGUCUUUUUUCUUUCAGUGGAACACAAAAAUAGAUGUCAUGCUGUGUGUUAGUUUUAGUCACCAUUCAUUGUCAUGUGGGGAAAAAAAGAUGCAAAGAACGUGAAUGGUCACGGAGUAUAACAUACUGCCUAACAUCUCUUUUUGUGUUCUACAGAAGUCAAUGAAAUGGGUAUGAAACCUCAUGAGGUUGAGUAAAUUAUGACAAGAUUUUUUUUAUUUUAUUUUUUUUAUUAACCAUUCCUCUAAAGGGAUAUUUAAGUCCCUUUUUAAUAUAAAUCUUCAUUUUCACUUCCACAUUCUUCUUGUGUUUUGGUGACUUUCAUCAUGCAUAUCACCACCUACUGGGCAGGGAGGAGAAUUUAUAGUAAAAAAGGACUUGAAAAUGGAUCCUUUUCUCACCCACAUCUUUCAUAUCGCUUCUGAAGACAUGGAUUAAACCACUGGAGUUAUCAGGAGUACUUUCAUGCACCUUUAUGUGCUUUUGGGUGCUUCAACAUUUUUGUACACAUUCAUCUUCAUUGAAUGGACCUACAGAGCUGAAAAAUCCUUCUAAGAAUCUUUGUGUUCAGCAGAAGAAAGACAUACAUAUUUGGGAUGGCAUGAGGGUGAGUAAAUGAUAAGAGAAUUUAAAUUUUGGAUGAACUAUCCCUUUAUAGCAAGGCCAGCAAGACCCACACCAAAUCAACUUAAUUUCAUUUCAUUUCUUCAUUUCAACUUCAAUUCAUUUUUGGAUGAACUAUCCCUUUAAAUAGUGCUGUCACUCCUGAGAUAGCUAAAGCUCAUUUUGUUCAAACACAAAAGAAAGUUAAAUUACUACCCAAUGUUGCUUCUCUGAUAAUGCAGUAUUCACACCCAUCUUCCCAAUGAACCACCACUAUCACUAUUUUAAAGCUUAAUUCAAAAUGACGAUUUCUAAAGCUUUUAAGUAGCAGGGUGUGGUGGUGUUUAAAGUGUAUUUUGUUUUGUUUUAUUGUGUUAUGUUAUUUUAUGCUGAUUGUUCAGCACUUUGGUCUACAAGUGUAGUUGGAAAGUGCUUUAUAAAUAAAUAAAAAAUAUUG